GGAACGCUCGUUAAACGCACAAGUCCCUGAUCACGCAGGACGUUGCGUUGGUCUGACACACGUGUGUGUAAUUUAGAUGACAGGAGGCGGCUACCCUGCAGGGGAAAUGAUGAUGAUGAUGAGGAUGAUGAUGGAGAAGCUGGAGGAGGGAAGUUUGUGACGCCUCUCUGUCCGCAGGAAGACUGGAUGGACAGGACUCGGGCUUUACGCAGCUUGUUCGUCCUCGUCGUCGUAGCGUGAAGAGAAACGGACCGGAUCUGUAAAAAAAAUAUAUAUAUACUAAAAAUAAUAAUAAUCUGCAUGGACCAGGGAUCAAACGCGCGUCUGACUCUGAAAUGUCUCACCGUUGGAAAUGCAGCUCCACGCCUGUCUGUUGCUUUUUUUCUUCGCGACAGAUAAAACUCUGGCCUUGUUGCACCAACCCUGCGGUGGAAACGUCACCUUGGACCAAGAGCCUGAAGGCCACUUCAACCUCACUUUACCUGGACUCUUUAAUCACACCGUCAGCCCUAUUGGGCAGCUGUACGAGGAAAAUGUACCACUUUCAAAUUGCUCUUGGGUGUUAGGCAUUCCUCUCGGGAGGACGGUACUCUUACAGUUAAAGUGGAUAGGAAGUGAUUCAAGGAUCUCGCUGAGAUGUGUUGAGGAAUAUCAGCUCUCACUGAGCCAAGGGGAAACGGCGUUGCUCUCAGACUGUGAAGAAAACAAGGCCGUCCUCAGCUGGACAGGACCAGGAAUUUCCUCAAAUUUAAUUCAGCUGGCUUAUAGAGUUCAGGGAGAUGAGAGAUAUUCCUCGGCGGGCCAGUCAACCUACCAGCAAGCCCAAGACCUUACUGGUUGGACCCAGACUGGAGCUACCUAUGAAAGCGUUGCUACAACUCUUCAGGAGGAGGUGAGGGGCACAGAGGAGAGCAGAGGUCAUGUCUUGUGGAGUUUUGGCCCUCGGUCUGUGUCUAGCACCUCCUCUCAGGACGAGGAGCUGCUGCAGCCAACCUCGUCCCAGUGGGGACUCCCAGUCGCUGGGAGAACUGAUAGGGAAACUCUCCCUCUUCCUGAGGAAAAACGGAACAAUGGAGCGGAUACAUCUGGAGCUGCUCACCUCGCUGACGAUCCCGCGGCUGCCAUAACACGCCCAUAUAUUCAGCCUGCAGUCAGUACAGACACCAAAUCCCAAACAGAAAAGCAUGCUGGCUUAUACCAAGGGCAAACUGAGACAUCCUGGACAGACGCGAAAGUCAGUGUUUCCAUUACCACAGAUUUACAAAGAUCUGCACAGACGUUAACAGAGACAGAGGAUCUUGUGACACAGACGGAUGAACGUACAGCUAUGCAGACAAACCCAAGUCUGUCUAGUUCCAGUGUUAACUCUUCUUUCCCUGCGACGUUGACGUCUGACAGCAAUACCUCAGUGGAUCCACAUAGCGGCGCUGUUGGUCAAGCUCUUGAUGAAGCCCAAGCUCGUUCAGGCAGAUUUUACCCAGCUCUCACCUCCAUAACCACUUCAAAACAUUUAAAGUCCUCCAUUAAACCUCCACAGUAUGACUCAAGCAACACUCAGCCCACUCUGUCUGCACCAUCGUCUCCACAGGGCUCCAGCAGGGCUCCUUCACCCACUACCCACGUGGCAGAGAUUCCCACUGCUGUGGGUACUGUGGAGGCUGCUUCGCUUCAGCAACGCACAGAUCAGAGUGACUCCUCCGCAUCUGACAUUACCACUCAGAGAGCUGGUAAUGUCGGCUCGCCAAAGCUCGAAAAUGCAGAUGGGUUUCCCACAGCCGCACCUUUCUUAGAGAGUGACACAAGCUCUCAUCAAAACAUGGAGGACCGGUCACAUUCCAUGCAUUCCUCUUCCACCCUGACACAAACGAGCAGAAUAGAGACGCAAACGUCAGUGGGAGAUGUGCAAAGAAGUGGGACAAAUUCAUACAUGACCACAAACAUGAUCCAGACGUUGUUUAACCAGGAUGGAUCUAUUGAUACAACCGGAGCAGCCCAGACAAUCAAAGUCCACACCUCAUUGGCCACACCAGCCAUCAGAGAAACGCAUAUACCGGCAUUUACUCAGACAUUAAAAUCCCCCUUUCAUUCACCGACAGUCUCAUCAACUCCAUCGUACGUGUUCCUAACACAAGCCAGACUUCCAGUUAAUACACAGAUGACUUUUACUUCAUCUACAACCGAAUCCCCUGUGGACAAGGCAAGCAUGGACCCCAAAACUACAUCUGAAUCCUCACAAACAUCUCGUCUGCCUCUGCCAUCCUCUGCAACAGUCUCUCCAGAUAAACGCUUCAUUAGUACUGCAAAUACACCUCUGCUCCUGGGGAAAUCAGACGGUGGAGACCUGAAAGGGACCACGUCCUGGCAGUGGUCUACGAGCGGCACAAUGAAGCAUAAUCCUCCAGGUGGGCCUACUCAAGCCUUCCACCCCACCGAACAGAACCAUGUUGGUGUCUCAUCGUCAGCAUUAACCCCUACACCCAACGGGAGUCAGACAAAGAGUCCCAUUUACUACAUUGUGCCAAACCAGCCUGCUACCAUCAGAGUGGAGUCAGUUGAGCUUCUACUGCAGAUAGUUUUACAAGAGUCUCCCUCUGCUUCGACUGUUGGUCUGGAGGAAGACAUGAUGGCAUGGUUGGAGACAUACCUGCAAAGAGCACCGGGCUUCAGCAAGCUACUGGGAGUCUGGAGCAGCGGCAAUGCAGUGCAGACCCUUGUUGUGUUUAAAACAAGCGAUGCUCUGCAGUGGCUGAGUGUGAGUGGACCCACAUCACUGCUGGAACGAACAGGCCUCGCUCAAGCUGUUCACCAGGGGAAGAUGUUCAGAUCAUCUAGGAUCACCAACAUCACUGUUGGAGGGCUGCAGGGUGAUGUGUGCGAAUGGCUGUUGCAGUGCCCCUCUGGGUACAAAUGUGUCCCCCAGCCCAGCUCCACCAACUACAGCUGCUCCUCUGUCUGCCGCUUUGACUACUGCCACCACCACGGCAUCUGCACGCACCAUCCAGGCCAACUUCCACUCUGCCGUUGUCUUGUAGGUGAUGACUUCUGGUUCAUGGGUCAGAGAUGUGACAUGAGGAUGACUCGAGCUCGACUCAUAGGCGCAUGCCUCGCCAUCUUACUCAUCAUAGCGAUGGUUAUUGGCGUUUUGGCUUUUCUGGCUGUGCGACGUUAUCGGACCAUUCUGAUCCAGGCCAAAGUGGACCAGACCCGCAGCAGCUAUCGCAGGUUCAACCAUUUUGAUGAACUGUCGGGUCGCUUCUGGCUGCGUUCCUGGGCGGGUUCUGCGGAUUCUCUGGACAACCCUGCCUUCAUGCGCUCUGACGAGCUGCUGCAUCUGCGGGCGCUUGACCGCCCUUGCUGUUACCACGACGACACCCUGUCGCUGCCUUCCACCUGCCCGAGUCAUGGAACACGCAUCAACACGAUUUACCCCCACAGCUCCCAGUACGGCUGGAGGGGCAGUGGGAUAAGUGUGGGGGACGGUGUGUUGGACUCGGGGAAGGCCAGUGACCUGUCUGUGUGCAGCUGGCCUGUGGAACCCAUUCACUGGACUCCGUUCCCACUUCUGCAGCAGCUGGCAUCCCACAGGACUCCUGCAGUCAGGGUGUCACGACCCCGGUCCUACUGUGAAGGCAUGGAGCUGGUAGACCUGGGAAAGAGUUGGACUGCUUGACCACCAUGAAGAACAAGGAAACCUGUUGCAUUAUUUUUAUGUUACGCUUAAAUGUUUUGCUAAUAAAAAAAAGUAAGGAAAUGAA